GCGAAGCAAGCCAUGCCGCAAGCGGAGCUGCCAGUCGUGAGGCUGCUGCUGGAGCGCCAGCGCCACCACCCGCUGCUGGAAGGGUUUCCGAAGGCGGCGCGCAUCAGCGAUCUCCCCUUGUUCCUCGGCGAAGCUGGAGCUGCCCAGGACGCGGCGUUCCUCGAGGCCAAUGGCGUCCAGGCGGUCAUCGCAUUGGGCACCGGUAACCUCAUUGAAAAGCCGUGCGACGCGCUGCUCAUUGACAUCCUGGACAUGGAGGAGGAGUUGCUACUGCCGCACUUCGACGAGUGCAUCGAGUUCCUCAAGAAGCACUUGAUGCGGGAGACGCCGACGGCUGUGCUGGUGCACUGCGUGUACGGCCAGUCGCGCAGCGCUUCUAUCUGCGUGGCGUACCUGAUGGCGAUGCAGGGUCUGACGCUGCUGGAGGCGUACGACGUGGUGCAGACAGCUCGGCCGUGCAUCUCGAUCAACCCGGGCUUCUUGCGGCAGCUGGAGCUCUUUCAGAGGAUGGAGAACGACCCGAAUAUCAUGGGCGCCACCCCUGCACACGCUGAGCUGCGCACGAUGGUGGCGCGACGACAGCGGAUGAAGACGGGAACUCCCGAUGUGGUUGGUACGCCGCAGCUCACACGUCCGGGCAGCUCGUUGUGCUGCAGGAAGUGCAAUUACGUGUUGGCAACGACACGGAAUCAGUUAUCUCACUCAUGCUCAGACACCGCUGAAGGAGCUUGCGCUGGUAUUUUUGUAGAGCCGAUGCAGUGGAUGACUCCGGAACCGUCUUUCGUCAGAAAUAAUGACGGCAAGCUGCUCUGUCCGUCCUGUAAGGCCAAACUUGGCUCGUGGAACUGGAUCGGUGUCAAAUGCAACUGCAAGUGCUUCGUCAGCCCAGCAUUUCAGUUGGUUCCGAGUCGGAUACAGACUCGCGUCCUGUAG